AUGGAGGGUAAUAAAGACGAAGCACUACGGUGUCUCAAAAUAGCACGAGAUCAUUUAGCAUCAGGGAAUGUACCUAGCGCGAUUAAAUUUGCACAAAAAUCAAUAAAUUUAUUCCCGACACCAGAAGCACAAACAUUCCUUAAGCAAACUGAGUCUAAAAAAACUCCAAAUGGUCGAGAAAAUAACAAUCGUCAAACUCCAUCGCCAAGUACAUCCAGAGAACAUAAACAAGGAAGACAAAUAGGUGAUUAUACUACUGAACAAGCUGAGGCUGUCAAGCGAAUAAGGGCUUGUAGAACCCACGAUUACUAUGCUAUACUGGGAAUAAGCAAAGAUGCUACCGAUUCGGAUGUUAAAAAGGCUUAUCGAAAGUUGGCUUUACAAAUGCAUCCAGAUAAAAAUGCCGCGCCUGGUGCUGAUGAGGCAUUCAAAAUGGUUAGCAAGGCUUUUCAAAUACUCAGCGAUCCACAAAAGCGUGCUAUAUUUGAUGAGCACGGUGCUGACCCAGAUUCACGAAGUAGUGGAAUCCCUCCUGGUUUUAGAAGCUUUAACAGUGGAUUUGGAAACGGUGCUGUUUACGCUGAUGAAAUUUCACCAGAAGAAAUAUUUAAUAUGUUUUUCGGUGGGGAUGGAUUCAGUACACGAAGGUUUCAACCACGUAGAGCAUCACCAAAUGGAGAAGGCGCUCGGGAACAGCAUACUUCCCCAUUACUUACAUUUUUUCAACUUUUACCUCUUAUCCUCCUUUUCUUAUUCUCUUUUUCUUCUAGUUGGUUUUACCCUGCACAUGAACCAAUGCCAUCAUAUUCUCUCCAAGAAACUAGUCGUUAUACACAACACAGAUUUACUUAUUCGCUGCAAGUUCCUUAUUUUGUCGAACCUUCUCGAUUUUCUUCUGUUGAACAAAAUCCACGGCAAUUACGUCAAUUUGAAGAUCAUAUAGAAGUUGCAUAUAUAAAAAGAUUACACUUAGAUUGUAAUGCAGAGUUCACGACUAAACAGCGUAUGAUAAAUGAGGCCAAAGGAUGGUUAUUUCGUGAUGAUGAAAAAUUAAAGGCUGCUGAGGCAAGGAGUUUACCAAAUUGUGAAAAACUUAUGGAAAUUAGUAGAUCAAAAAGGUAUAAAGAAAUUCAACACUUGGUAAGAAGCUGA